AUGUCAUCUGCAAGAAACUAUCAGACACCUGCUGCCGCAGAGCAACAGGGCAGGCCGCGAGCAAAGUCGAAUUUCAGUUUCCAUUCCCGCAAGAGCAGUGGCAGCAACGGCCAGAACAGAUUUGAUCUUCACGAAUCGCACGACGAGAAGGAAGCGAAACGUCUCCAGACUAAGGCAGAUCCCCAGAUGGCGCUUACGGAGGCAGAACCUUCUAUGGUUGCAAGAGAACAGUCCUCACUAGCAUCUAUUCGAGCAAUUCAACAUUUGGACAAUUACGGAAACCCAAUAGCUGAUCCUGAUCGAUCGAAUCCUACACGAAGCCGAUGGGAGAGACCUCUUGAUACCAUUCGUGCGUUUGAAGCUGCCAUCGAUGGUAACCAUUCACGUAGAUCAUACGCCCGCACAGAGUCGGACAGACACUCAACUUACGACCGUCGAACCAGUCACUAUGGAGGAACCCAAGUCACCACAGACGGCCGUCCUAGGAAUAGCUAUGGUGGACGUUCACCGUCGCACAGACCGGACAAUAAUGCAGAUGGGAGGAUCAACGGGAUGACCAGACCUGACAGUUACUAUCAAGAUAGGGGCUACACCGGACCUGCUAACGGUUAUCAACCCAACUAUGCUCGGUAUCCCCGGACAGCCUCUGAGCCGCAUUUCAUCAACAACAACAACCACAACAACCACAAUAACGGUGUUUACCCAAUUCCAGGAACUCAACCGUCUUACGAGACUGUUGCAACCGUUUCAGGAAGUGGCAUGUCAGAUCCAGAAGGCUAUCUGACCGAGAAUAGCUCAGUGGAUCGCAUUUCACCAAUGUCCGCGAAGGAGCCAGUUGAAACAUAUAGUUCCUACGCACCCCCAGGCAGUGGCCUGCAAGAGCAGCAACAUGGCGCCAGUGGAUUCCCGCCUCAAGACCGUCCAGUACCUCCUCGGAAGGAGAGCGUGAGGAGAUCGCCUAUCAAGCUCGGAAAGUCUAACGCCAAUGUCAAUGCCAGCCCACCUCCAUCGAAUAACCCCCAGCGACCUGCAGCAGAGAAGAGAAGAUCAUGGUUUGGGAAAAGGUUCAGCAAAGGUUAG